AUGGCACCAGUCCACCUUGCGGCUUUCCUCUACCCGAAGGCGGACAAAUUCGAUGAAUUCGAAGCCGCCGCCGCCGAGGUCACGAAAGCCGUCUUAGCCACGGAGCCGGACGUUUUCCGUUACUAUACCUUCCGCACCGAGAGCGAAUAUGUCUUUGUAGAAGGAUACAAAACCGAGGAAGCCCAUGCUGCGCACGUCGAGACCGAGCAUUUCAAGGCCUUCUUCGCCAAAGUGUCUCCCCUGUUUGAGAAGCCGCCGGUGAUCAAGUCGGGCAGUUUCGUCGCCGGAUUCGAGAAUCGAUGA